UUUUGUCAUUUUAUAGUUAGCAAAGAUCUACUUGUAGAAUUCCUUGAGGUUGCUUUUCAUGGAAUUCUUUAUUACCGAAAAAUUUAUCCAGAGGAAAUAUUUGAAAAACAAAAACUCUAUGGAAUUGGAAUUUGGGUAUCUCAGCAUCCUGAUGUCAACGAAUACAUUGACAAUGUCCUGGUGACAAUUAAAGAGAUUAUUGCAAUUGCUGAUAAUUCUAUCAAAUGCGUCAAUUUUAGUAUUCUAGAUAGCCAAAAUGAGAUAAUUGAAAAAUUUGUCUUUGAUCUUUUUAGUAUUCAAGGAGAAGCCAAGGUAGCUGAUCCUUAUUUUCGUAGCACUGAAGAAUCUUUGAGGACAAUUUGUCUUAAAUUAUCAAUAGCUGAAUCAUAUUUAAAACCUUUGCCAGAAGAUGUAACUUUUAAUAUUGAAGUUGAAACUUGUGAAGAGGUGCAUGAUCAAAUUAAUAAGAAACCUGAACUUGAACAUUUUCCUUGGAUUAUUAAGGAAUCUCAACCUACUGACAAACCACCUGUUGAUAAUUUUUUGCUGCCUCUUCAUUCUGUUAAAACAGAACAUCUUGGUCUUCAAGUAUUUGCAAUUGGAACUCAAAAAUCAGAAUCAUAAAUAUUUUUAAUUUUGGUAUAAAAAUUUUCUGAAAUAAAUGUAA